GGUCUCGGGCCCCCAGGCGGAGCGGCGGGCACCGAGUCUCCAGGCACGACAGUGGGCUCCGAGUCAACUGGCAUGACCGCUGGCACUGGGUCAUUUGGCUCGACAGCGGGCACCGCGUCAUCUGGCAAGGCAGUGGGCUCCGAGUCAACUGGCAUGACCGCGGGCACUGGGUCAGACAUUGGAUCGUCUGGCUGGACAGCGGGCAUCGGGUCACCAGGCAUGACAGCGGGCAUCGGGUCACCAGGCAUCAGGUCAUUUGGCUCGACAGCGGGCACCGCGUCAUCUGGCAAGGCAGUGGGCUCCGAGUCAACUGGCAUGACCGCGGGCACUGGGUCAUUUGGCUCGACAGCGGGCACCGCGUCAUCUGGCAAGGCAUCAAUUGGCACGACAGCGGGCACCGGGUCAUCAGGUACCGGAUUGUCUGGCUCGACAGCGGGCAUCGAGUCAACUGGCCUAAUAGGAUCAUCAGGCUGGAUCAGUUCAUCAGGCUGGGUAGAAACAUCAUGCUGGGUAGAGGCAUCAGGCUGAGUAGAGGCAUCAGGCUGGGUACAGGCAUCAGGCUGAGUAGAGGCAUCAGGCUGAACCACGGAAGGCAGGUUCUCAGACGGCAGGCUCACUGGUUUGGAUACGGGCAGGAUGGUAUUGGUUGGAAAGAAUUUUCGCUUCUUUCUGGUUUUAACUACUGGAGCACUGCAAGUAAACGCAGGUCUGCAAACAAAUGGAGCAGCUGGAGACAGAGAAGAGCUGGAGGAUGGAACAGAGGAGGGAGCAGUUGCUACAGAGGGCUUUUUUACAGGGUUAAAGGCAGGAUAGGUGCAGCGAGUGGGAACAGAGUACUGACAUGCGGUAGAUAG